GCAGCAGAGGUUCGUUUUCUGUUGCCUCAAACCGACACCAACUUCCAGGGAUCAUAAGACAAGCAACAGUCGCCACUAUGUACCAUGGAUGAACCAGCAUGUGUGGGUGUUCAACUCCUAGGAAACCAUGCAAGUACUUCAGCACAAAACGACGUACGCAGCUCACCUUCCGAAUCCUCGAAUGUCUACCACCAUCAUCAGCACCAAACUACACGGGAAUCGAACAACAUUUCCCACUGGCAAGAGAUUCUGCGUUGGCGUUGGGUGGACUUUUUGGUGACCAUGUUGAUCAUCGGACCUUUAACUGUGGCCUAUUGGCGCGGAACCUGGUCCCUCAUGAACGUUUACUUAUUUCCCAACAACGAUGUAAUAAGCGCAUGGGCGUCAUUUGCUAUCGGGACAUCGGUGAUUUUGAUGCUGAAUUUCUGUCAAGGAAAUCUGACGAACAGGCUUACAAGACGACAAGAUGUCCUCUUUCACGUUCUGUUAAGGAUCUACAUCUACGUUUUCGGAUUCUCUGUGGUGAACCAUUGGAGAGGAUGUUGGUACGUUCUUGAUGCACACACAAAUGUGACAGUUUUAAGUGCCGUCAUUUCUGUCGUUGUGCCCCUCCCCAUUCUUUUGGCUCUCCGCGCGUGUGGAAAUCUCGUUGCCUCUCCUGGAGUCAUUCUUGUGGACUUUUGUGACGCUCCGUUCAGGAUAGGAACCCGGUUUGCGGCAGAAGCGUCGUUUUCGUGGGCGUUCGCAGGUGACGUUGUUCUGACCGUUGUUAUCAUCGGGUCGCUCGUCGUCGUCUCCUGGCGAGGCUUGUGGCUGCUUUUCGACAUCUUCCUCUUUCAAACGGACCCGGAACACUCUUCGUGGACGUCCGUUGGAAUCGGUUACGGAACUCUCGUUCUUCUCGCCCUGCUCGAAACUCCUGUAUCCAACCUUCUCCGAAAGACAAGAGAACUUUUUCCCCGCAUUGUACUUGAAGAUAUCUUCAAACUCGCGGCGUGGCUUGGGGUCUUGUCCGUCUGGAGAGGGCUGUGGCUUGUGUGUGACUACCACAUUUUGCCGGACAGGCCUGUACAAAGCUACUUGCUCACGCACGUGGUCGGCAUCGGAGGGUUGUACCUCAUGCAGGCGGGGAGAAGCGUCCUGGUGGCCGGGUGUGUUGUAGACGGGGACACGGCGGACGGGACUGGCGUUAGGAUGGGCAGGUACCUGGAACAGGUCUGCCCUAAACUGGUGCGUCUAUCUACGGAGCAGGUAUCCGACCAACGUUGCCAUAGUGACUGGGGACAACAAACAACGUCAUCUUCACAAGAUGUUGUACACUACGAGACAAGCCUGUAACCUGCCGAUAAUCAAAUCAACAUGGCCUUAUUGUAUUACUGCAAGACGCUCGCAGUAUCCAUUUAUUAAUUAGUCCACCAGAAAAACAGGUAUGUUUAGUUUACUGGACAAUUGUAUGGAAAGAAGAAGAGGUAGACAGAAGUAGAAGUGGGACGACAAUAAUAAGGAGUCGACCGACCAGCCCCUUGCCAAUACCCAAGCGUUCAGGCACACGACAGAGAGGGGAUGGCAGUUUGAUCAACUACAAAGUGCCCCCACUCCGGUAAGCGGUAUAGGAAAAAUUCAACCUGCGACCAGAAUAGCAAAUCCCCAGUGUUUUAGCGUUCGUUGUCUGCACGUGAGACAACUGGCCUUCAGAAUGUCCCUCCCAAGCGAGGUCAGCUCGCAUACUAACCCUGCGAAAAAUGACAUCCACGUCACUGCGGUCACUACAACUUCUCCACAACAUCUUGCACGAGAAACAGAAAACACCGAGCGACGCAGUACCACCAAGUACGUUCUCCUGUGUUGUCUUGACGCCGUUAUCAAUGGCGUCGUCGUCGCUCCUCUUGUCGUGGCCUACUUCAGUGGAACCUGGAAUCUUCUCGACAUUUACCUUAUACCAGAGAACUUCAGCUGGAGUGCUGUGGCGUCACUUUUGAUCGGGAUUGCCCUCACGCUUCUUAUAAACUUGCUCCAGGGCGUGUUGGGAUCCCUGUUCGCUGAACGAAGUGUCGUCUUCCACAUCGUGUACAGGCUGUACAUCUAUAUCUACGGCUUCGCGGCGAUAAACCAGUUCAGAGGACUCUGGUACUUGCUGGACGACCUGACAGGAGAGACCAUCCUCGGGGCAGCCGUUUGUGUAGGAGUGUCCCUCUUGGUCUCCGCCCCACUUCGUGUUAUGAACAACAUUGCUGCGUCUCCGAUGAUCACCAAUGUCGACAUCCGUAGUGAAGAACCGUUUCGUGUGGACACCCGCUUCGGAGUAAAACCGGCCAAGACGUGGAAGUUCGUCGGUGACGUGGUCCUGACCGUGGUUGUUGUUAUUUCCCUGGUCAUACUCGCCUGGCGUGGAACCUGGCAACUGUUCGACUUUCUCAUUUUCCCGUCGGACUUCAUUCGCUCUACUUGGACCUCCCUAGGCAUCGGAUACGCCAUCUACAUAACUCUCUUUGUCUUAGAAUACCCUACGUCUUGUCUUAUAAGAAAAGUCAAGACGUUUUACCUCGGUCUGGGAGUUGAGAUGAUGUUUAGUUUCGUGGGUGGAGUCGGGAGUGUGGCGGUGUGGCGCGGGUUGUGGUAUGUGUACGAACUUUACGUCUUUCCCGACGAUUUCGUCGCAAGUGCCUGGCUGACUCACGGGGUUGGUGCCGCAGGUUUGUUCGUCAUACUGGCGGGACGAAGCGCGCUGGUGACCCCAUCAGACGUGGACGGGGAGGCCCGGGACGGCAGCGGUGUCGAGCUGGGCCGCUACCUCGAGCAGAUCUGCCCCAAACUGAUACAGAAGUUCGUCUCCAACAAAUCUUCCAGUCCUGGGGCAGCUCCAAGUCCUGAUGAUGUCAAAUUCGAAGAAACUUGCCUAUAGUUGCCAACUCCGAGCAGAUCUUCUGCAGUUAUAGAAACGUUCAAGUUCGAAAAUUCAAUUUCAAUAGCUCAAGCCUAGGUUGACGUCGACGAAUUUUCAUUGUUUUCGGUUCUUAGAUACCUUAAGUUAUGAUAAACAUAUAGAGAUGAACGAAAUUGUGAACUAUGCCUAAUGAACAAGAAAUAAUUAGGGUUAUUGAUAAUUACUGACGAAAUAAUCUUCAUACACUUGGCAAGGUAACUUUGUACUCAAGGCAAGAGAAGGCAAAUAUAUACGUCACAUUUUAAUAAUAUUUAUUCCAUAUGAGGCAAAAAGGUUUUGAUACAAUCCUGAAAUGUUUUGCCUCUAACAAAUAUAUUUCAAUUAUACUUCACAAAUCACAAACUUGGCAAGUGUGAUAAAACUUCUACCUCCUCUCUCUCUCUGCAACCAUGUGCUACUUACAGUAUACAAAAUAUAACCUUUCAUAUGGAACAGUAAAAAAAAAAAACAUGGUACAUCAUAUUGGCACCGAUGGCGCAAAUACACACUAGAUUGGCUUAGUCCGACAUUAUCUUUCGACUACUAUCAUACAUUGCAAACCGAACACAACUUUUUUAAGUGCUUACCCAUAAACAGCAGAGUUCAAAUAUAUAUAAGCUCU